GCUCGCUCGCACGCACGCAGCCUUCUUCCUUCCUCCCUCAACCCCGCAGCGCCGGCAGCAGCCAGCAGCACAGCUCCGUCGCCAUCACAUCACCGGAUCACCCCCGCUUCCUUCCUCGGAUCGGAAGGGGACAGGCGCCGGCCGACGACAAGGAGCAAGCGGCGGCGGCAUGAGUCUCUUCGGGCUCGGACGGAACCAGAAGACGUUCCGUCCCAAGAAAAGUGCUCCGUCAGGCAGCAAGGGGGCACAGCUCCGAAAGCAUAUAGAUGCAACCCUUGGCAGUGGAAACCUCAGGGAAGCUGUUAGGCUGCCUCCUGGAGAGGAUAUCAAUGAAUGGCUUGCUGUUAAUACUGUGGAUUUCUUUAAUCAAGUUAACCUGCUGUAUGGCACACUCACAGAGUUCUGCACAUCCGAGAGCUGCCCAACAAUGACUGCAGGCCCAAAGUAUGAGUACCGAUGGGCUGAUGGUAUAUUGAUAAAGAAGCCCAUAGAAGUGUCAGCGCCAAAAUAUGUGGAGUACCUAAUGGACUGGAUUGAAGGCCAGCUUGACAAUGAAUCCUUAUUUCCUCAGAAGCUGGGCACACCAUUUCCACCCAACUUCAAGGAUGUUGUGAACACAAUUUUCAAGCGCUUGUUUCGUGUCUAUGCCCACAUAUACCAUUCACAUUUUCAGAAGAUUGUCAGCCUCAAGGAGGAGGCUCAUCUUAACACCUGCUUCAAGCACUUCAUUCUGUUUACAAACGAAUUUGGGCUGAUUGACAAGAAGGAGCUGGCUCCUCUCCAGGAGCUCAUAGAAUCCAUCAUCGUUCCUUACUGAGAAAUAAAUACUGAGGCGGAACUGAACAUGGUUACCAAGACCUCUGCAGUAGUGAUUGAGGAAUUGGGCCAUCUGCGCCAAUAAUUUACUGGCAUGAGAGCUUACUGUUCCAUUUGUUUGACAUAAAAAAAGGUGGUGUACAUUGCUAAUGUUGUAUUUGUAUGUACCUGAUCUCCCUUAUUCAACUAUAUUGGCCGUGCAAGCGCAAUUGUACUGUUAUAACAUGCACGAUGGGGUUGGGUUGCGACAUAUUACUGGAAAAGAACAGUUUUAAGAUGGCUAGUGCAGUUGUUGAUGGAUGCAAA